UACGUGAGAUGUGUGGAGAGUAUAAUGUACAAUAGAGUGUUACAUAGCUAAACUGGCAUAAAAGUGGCGUGCAUUAACACUGUAGUUUUAUUAUUUUCUUCCUCCAGAAGCGCUCUCUCUCUUCCCUCUAUUUUUCCACUGUCUAUCGAAGUAGUUGCUUUCCCUCGGUUUGUUGCUCCCGCAUUGGAUUGUCUCAGUUUCCUUCACAAUUUUCUCUCCGUUUUCCGUCUCGUGCAACCGCAUAUCUGUUUCUCCAUCGUUUCCAUCCACACCUUUUGCUCUCCCAUUGUUUCCAGCCCAAAAUCUGAGAUCACUUCGCCAGUUUCCUUCGCACAAAAGACACUCAAGCCAUCUGGUCAAGAUCUCUGCCCUAGAGUGUCUGUUUCCAUCGCACAAAAGCCACUCCAGUCGUUUCUCAUCGUCGCAGCACCACUCAAGGCAAAGAGAACCCAUUGAAGCUGCUCAGAUAUGGAGGCGCCUUGAUGCAGCCGAGGCCCAACUCAAGCAGCCCGUCGCAGCAGCAGCAGUCCGUCAUAGCAGCACCACUUCGUCGCAGCAGCACCAGCACAUCCUGCAGUGAGUUUCGAAAAAUAGUGUACUAACUUCAUGGGAACAGAGAGGAAAGACUGAAGAAACAAAGAAAGGAACCAUUUUUUCACUUCAGACGGAGGCACUUCUUUCUUUUAUUUUUUUAAUGCGAUAGAGCAGUACCUUCAGAGGACAAAUAUAGUUGAAGAUUAGUGAAUUUGUUGCGAUUCUUAUACCCUAUACCAUGCUUAAGGUCCCAGAUCAUCAGGUUGCUGGCCACGAGGGUCAUGAUGGAAUGCUCGGUCCUCUGAUAGAUGAUUCAGGGCACUUCUACAAGCCUCUUCAAGAUGAUGAUCGUGGGUCCAACGAGGUAGCCUUCUAUAAAUCAUUCUCAUCCAACACUCAGAUUCCAGAUCACGUCCGGAGAUUCUUUCCUAUUUUUUAUGGAACUCGGCUUAUAGAGGCAUCUGAUGGAUCUGGCCUGCAUCCUCAUCUUGUGCUGCAAGAUACUGUCUCAAGUCACCUCAAUCCAUCUAUCAUGGACAUUAAGAUUGGAUCCAGAACGUGGUACCCCCAAGCAUCAGAGGACUAUAUCCAAAAGUGUUUAAAGAAAGACAGAGACUCAACAAGCAUUGCACUGGGGUUUAGGAUAUCUGGAUUGCAGGUACAUGGGAGCCAAGAAUCUGAAACCUGGAAGCCAGAUAAAAAGCUUGUCAAGAAAUUUACUGCCAAGGAUGUUAGGUUAGUUUUGAGGAAGUUUGUCUCCUCUAACACCUCUGUAGAUACAGGUAUGGACCCUGAUUGUUCUUUUGCAUCAACUGUUUAUGGUGGAUCUGCUGGAAUUUUGGCACAAUUGUUGGAGCUCAAAAAAUGGUUUGAGGAUCAAACCAUUUACCAUUUCUAUUCUUGUUCGGUUCUCAUGGUGUAUGAUAAGGAAUCGGUAGUUAAAGAAAGGAAUUCUGGUGCUGAAGUAAAACUUGUUGAUUUUGCUCAUGUUUUGGAAGGCAAGGGUGUUAUUGAUCAUAACUUCUUGGGUGGGCUCUGUUCUUUGAUAAAGUUUAUCACGGAUAUUCUGAGCUGCUCUGAUGAGUAUGAAGAAGCCAAAGCUUCUCUGCAAGACCCUGACAAGAAUUGUAAUUGUACUGAUUGAGCCGCUUAGAAAUGUAGGAUGUCUUCAAUGUUGACUUUCUCACCUCACUGUGUAGGCUGUCGCUUAUCUAUGUCCCUUCAUGGUGAGGAUACUGAAAUCUAAGUACUUUCGGCUUGUAGUAGUUUCUAUUUCAUUUGUAAGCUUUUUGGGGUUUUUUGUUGUUGUUGAGGAAUAACACUUUGCACCUUAAAUUGCAACUUUUUUGCAUUGUAGUAGCUAAA